CCGGGUGGAGGAGGCGGGCAGCGGGGAGCUGCGGUGCGGGCUGCCCGCCGCGGGCAAAGCGAGGCCGGGGGGCGGAGCGCGGAUGCCCAGCGCCGCGGCGGGGGCCGGGACCCCCAGGUGAGCGUGGCGCCGUCCGCCCGGGGCUGCGAGGAGGCGGCGGCGCCCCUGGGGGUGCGAGGGGCGGGCGGCUGCCGCUCGGCGGCCCCGCCGCCCGUUCGGAGCCAGCGCCUCGCCUCGGGCGGCGAGGGGCAGGUCCCCCCGCCAUGGAGAGCGGGAUGCCGCUGUCUGGCAGGGAGCGAGCGCUGAUCCGGGAGAGCUGGCAGCGGGUGAGCGGCAGCCCCGUGCAGCACGGCCUCGUCCUCUUCACCAGGUUAUUUGACCUGGACCCUGACCUGUUGCCCCUCUUCCAGUACAACUGCAAGCAGUUUGCCAGCCCUCAGGAGUGCCUCUCCGCCCCCGAGUUCCUGGAUCACAUCAGGAAGGUGAUGCUGGUGAUCGAUGCUGCUGUGAGCCACCUGGAGAACUUGUCCUGCCUGGAAGAGUAUCUCUGCACCCUUGGCAAGAAACACCAGGCAGUUGGUGUGAAGGUCGAGUCUUUUUCGACUGUCGGUGAGUCCUUGCUGUACAUGCUGGAGAAAUGCCUUGGCACUGCCUUCAGCCCUGACGUGCAGGAGGCUUGGAGCAAACUCUAUGGUGCUGUGGUAAAAGCCAUGGAACGCGGCUGGGAGGCCCUCCCGGAAGGGGACUAGAUCCUGCCAGCCUUCCCCAUCCCUGACCACACAGCAGUCCUGGGCAGGAGAAAUGCUCAUGCCACGCUCUCUGCCUCUCUCCACCUCUGUCUUUCUCUGUGCACCAGCCUAUUGCUGUCUCCUCCAGUCACACGUGCUUCAGGGCUUUUCCCAGUGAUUCUGCCUUGCUUUGACAUGACCAUGUCUCUGCCUUUGCUGAGGGCUGGCAGGGUAUGACUCUGCAGCAAAGCCUAGGAGUGCCGCGGCACAGGCGCGCCAUCCUGCCCCACUUCCCUUUGGGCUAGCUGGAGCACCAACACCCAUGUACCUACUCGGCUUUUUAGCUUGCUUUUCUUCCCACCUCUUGCUGCCCACCCCAAUUAGAGGACAGCUAGUGUAGGCUGCUCAGAUUUGUUUGGCAGAGAUCCUAUUUUCCGUGCUCGAGAUCUGCCCAGUCUGACACUGCUGGCUCCUCACUAUGCCUGGUUCAGCCUUGUAGGCAAUGGCAGGGCAGGGGCAGCCAUGCAGCUGUCCUUCCCAAACCUUGUGGGGAGCUUUUCCCUCUCUCCCUUCACGAACACAUCACCACCAGAUGGUUAAUCCUGGUGCUUUCUUCUGCCUUGCCUCUCCCCUGGGUGGGAUCCGAGGCUUUUCCUCCUAUCAGGUUGGCCACAACUCCGUGUGUUUCCUAGGGAUGCUUCAGACAGUGGGGUCACAUUAAUCCUGAGGUUAGGCUGCUUUUAGCAGAUCUGGGCUGCCAGCUGAAAAGCUUUGUGUUGGUCUGGCUGGUUGGUUUAACCUCAGAGCCAGCUUAAAUGCAGCAGCAGUGGUGGGUCUUUACUGCUUUGUGUUAAGGAGAAUAAAGUAAAUACAAGGAAAACAUGCCUUAAAAUAAAAAAGAAGGUUGCAAUCAAGUCAUGGCAACAGCUUCCAGAAAUCAUCCUGGCUCUUGGCCAGUGGAAGCAUAGCUGGAAUUACUCUGCUGAUGCUGUCAAGACCUGGAAUGCUUCCCAGCUGCACACAGUGCCCAUCUGCAGAGUUUCUCCACCUUUUAGUAGUCUCUUCCAGCCUUACUGGAGACACAGGUGCUUCAGAGCAGAGCAAGGCACCCAGUUAGAUGUGUGCAGCAGUGCUGUGCCAGGACAGGAGUGAGAAGACAUCAUCUGCCAGGAAAAAUCCCAGCACUGCGAAGAAGAGUUCACCUUUUUGGGGAAGUUGCUGUGCAACAGUCAAAACCAGCAGAACAGCCAUCACUAGCCCCAGGGCAAGGACAUGCAGCAAGUGUUCAGUUACAUGCAACACCUUUUUUUGCUGCUCCUUCAGGGCAGGAGGGGCCUGACAUUGGAGGCUGAGAUAGGACUGUUCUAGAGACAAGUUCCUCCUACACCCAGAUGUCCUCCACUCUGGGCAGAAGAGGGCUGCCCACUCCUCGCAGCUGUAGCUGAGGACUCCCAGCCCCAUGCCAUGGAGGGGAUGAUGGGGUGUCCUGUGAGAUGGGGCUCUGCUUCCCUGCCACCAGGCCUGGCGUUAUCCCUGGGCUUCCAGCAAGCAAGGGGCCCUCCAGCUGUGUUUGCGAGGCGAGCUGAGAGAUGUUUUGGAACAGGCACUGAACAUCGCCAUGUAAGGUGCUUGCUGUUCUCCCCGUGGUACCAGGCUCUACUCCUGCAGUCUUGCAGCAUGGUGUUGUGCAUCCUGGCCCAUGGCUCACUCCAUCAGCUGGGUCAGAUGAAGUCCUCCGCAUUCUAAUGCCAGGCAGUGAAGGGUGAAGGAGCCAGGGCUGGGAGUAGGUGCUGGUUGUGAUGGUGUAGUAAAGGGCAGGAGGGUUUGGGAAUGGGGACAUCCUCUUUGCAAUCUUGUUCUGGGACAUCAGCCUUCAGUGUCCCAGGGGAAACCUUCUGGCUCUGUGUGACAAGCAGGCACCUGUGCGAUGGGUGGGGUGUGGGUGUUACUGCCCCAAACAAUCCCCUCUCCCUCUAGCUUUCCCAGCUCCUUGACUUCUUCUCUUCUGUACCACGUUUUGUGUAACUCCUAAGAGAACGUAAUAGUCUGUGUGCCUCUUAUACCCAGCUCUACUGUUUAAUAAAGAACAACAGUGAGUCUCA